ACCCGUCGGACUCCGCUGGUGCUGCCGCUGCCGCUGCCGCUGGUGCUGCCGCUGCGGACGGUCUGGUGUGUGAGAGCCCGAGCCCGAGCCCCGCGCCCAGGCCCCGCAGGGCGCAGCCGCCACGGACACCGGCCGAGGGACCGGGCACGCCGCCGCCGCCGCCACCGUCUGGGGAGACCAGGGCAUCGCCGCCGCCGCCGCCGCCGCAGCCUCCGCCUUCUCCCGCUGCUACCCUCUGGGUCUUCAGUCUUCCACAAUGAACCCUGUUUACAGCCCCGUCCAACCUGGGGCUCCCUAUGGCAACCCCAAGACCAUGGCCUACACAGGUUACCCUACUGGUUACCCAACAGCUGCCCCAACCUACAACCCCAGCUUGUAUCCAACCAAUAGCCCAAGCUAUGCUCCAGAGUUUCAGUUCCUGCAUUCAGCUUAUGCCACGCUGCUGAUGAAACAGGCCUGGCCCCAGACCUCAUCGUCCUGUGCCACUGAAGGUACCUUCCACCUCCCGGUGGACACUGGGACCGAGAACCGAACUUACCAAGCUUCGUCGGCGGCUUUCAGAUACACAGCAGGAACACCCUACAAGGUCCCUCCCACCCAGAGUAACAAUGCACCGCCUCCCUACUCUCCAUCACCUAACCCUUACCAAACGGCUAUGUACCCUAUUCGAAGUGCCUAUCCUCAGCAGAACCUGUAUGCCCAGGGAGCUUAUUAUACGCAGCCUGUGUAUGCCGCCCAGCCCCAUGUCAUCCACCACACCACCGUUGUCCAGCCCAACAGCAUUCCAUCCGCCAUCUACCCAGCACCUGUGGCUGCUCCCAGGACCAAUGGGGUAGCAAUGGGCAUGGUCGCUGGCACCACCAUGGCCAUGUCAGCAGGUACCCUGUUAACUACACCACAACACACUGCAAUCGGAGCCCACCCCGUCUCCGUGCCAACGUACCGGGCCCAAGGGACCCCCACGUACAGCUACGUACCUCCACACUGGUAAACUUCAGCAGCCAAUUCACAUUGGGAGUCAGACAUGGUAUGCAACAACUCAAGUCUUACACCCGGUGCUGGCAUGAUUCCAGACCAGCGCCAUGCCCGUCUGCAAGAACAACAACCACUGAAAAGUGCCAGGGUCACUUUAUGCAUCCUUUAGUGUUUGGGGUUUUUCUUUUUUUUGGGGAAAAAAGCUGCAUUUUCUGAUCUUCUCUUUCUUCCCCUUGUCCCUUUCUGCCAGCCCACUCCCCGCCACAUCCCCCAAAUGACGACCCUCACUCUGACCCUGGCCAGUGGUCACAGUCUCUUUAGUCUUCUUAUUUCUAGGCCCAAGCGUUCAGUUUUGGGGUGGCGCGCCCCUGCUGGUGUUUUGUUUUGAGUUGUUCAGCCAGUGACUGGGCUUGUUUGUUUGUUUGUUGUAGCGAGAACGGUGUGUGGUAUGGCAGGUGGUCUUCAUUCUGGUUUGACUUCCUUCUCUUGUUCUUCUGAAGAGUGGGGGGAGUGACAUCAGUUGUUGACUCUUCCAUACCAUGAAACAAAUGAAACUCGUGUCUUCCAGAGAGCCGUCGUGACCAAUCCUAAUCCAUCAUCCAAAGCUGGCCCAUCGAUAGUAAUCCAGAACUUGUGGGAACGUUAGCAAUGGGACACGUUAGUUUUAGGACAUAGGAAGGCUUUGGAUUUGUUCCUCAUGAAAGGUCGGACUGCUUUUUAAUAGAGGGAUGGGGGUGGGAGGGUGGUGGGGGGGGAGAAGGGAAUGGUCUUGGAGGCCAAGGGAUAGAAAGAAAAGAGGGCUACAACUGGAAACUGGCAUAGGAUUGGCAACUUUGUUGUAAGAGGUCUCAUUGAUGGACCUUCUAGGUAUUAGACCUUCUGGGUUCUUUUGGUGACCAGAACUUGAGGGACUGUCAGACCUUCUGGGUACUGAAUCUUCUGAUUACCAGACCUUGAGGGUACCAGACCUUCCAAGUACUGGACCAUCUGGGCGUCAGACCUUCUGAUUGCACUGUGUCAUAACCAGGCAGUUCCUCUGAGGUCAACUGAUGCUUGUAACAGCCCCCGAUGGCACAGGUGGAUAGAAAAGAAACACAGGGAUCUCAAGUCAUGCAUCAGGAUGUCUGCUUUCCAAGGCCAGCUAUUUCCUAGGUGGGAGAUGAAGUCGCCAGGCCCAAGCACCCAAAGAGAGCCCAGGAGAUCUAUCACCCUGAGCUGACCUUCCUAGGGGAGGAGGAGCAAGAGCUGGUGGGGCAUGGGGUCCGCUCUUGAGGGGGGUGUGGUGGCAUCCUGUGAUGGAGACCAUACCACCGCCACUUGUUGUUGGGACGAACUCUGGCAUGUUGGGGCGGGCACAGCAAAGCAGAUUAGGACCAGAGCACCGCAAGUCCUUGCUGCCCAGCACCGGGUCCCAGAUGCUGCUAACACUAUUUUGUUCAUUGAAGAAGUUAUUGAGUAACAUUUGAGGUGCUUCCAGGGAAAGGACUGUGGGGGCAGUGAGGAAAAUAGGGUGAAAUUGGGAUCAUGGAGCAAUAGCAAUAAACAUUUCAUAAACUCA